AUGGACCUCAACUUGUCCUUGGACAGCAACGCCGACAACCGAAGGCCAUGGUCGCAGGAGGAGGACGACCUCAUAGUGCAGCUGGUGAAGGAACAUGGACUGAGGAAGUGGGCCAUCGUUGCCUCCCAGCUGAAGGGGAGGAGUGGAAAGCAGUGCAGGGAGCGGUACAAGAAUCAGCUGGAUCCCUCAAUCCGAAAGGACCCAUGGACAGACGAAGAGGACAAGAUGAUCUGCAUUGCGCAGAGCAAGUUUGGAAAUCGUUGGACUGAGAUCGCCAAGUUCCUUCCGGGCAGGACUGACAACUCGAUCAAGAAUCAUUGGUAUUCCACCCUGCAGAGGAAGUCUGAAGGAAUCUUGCGCAAUGCUGGCCCCGGCGACGAGUCGUUCCUCGCUCAACGGCCCAACAACGCGCUGCCCUCGCAGAGCAAGACGACUACGUCGAACAAGAGCAGCCCCGGGACGCGCAAGAGCCCGGGGAGGAAGAGCCCUCGGAUGAACGCAUCCCGUCCAGCGCCCAUUGCGACCAAUCAGGCUAACCCAGAGGAGGGAAGCGCCAGUUUACGAUCAUCAUCGCGGGGACUCGAUGUGAGUGAAGAGUACUUGCAGAUCCAGAACGACCCUUUCCCGCAGUCAGAUAUCUUUCCUGAGGAGCCGUUGUUCAGCAACUCACCCUUCGACAACCCGUUUGGGAGCUUCUUCAGAUCACCUUCCGGAACUCCUCUCACUCGAUCUGUGACAAGACGGUUUCUCAUGAACUCUGGCUUCACGCCUAAGUCAGGGAGGAGCGAGAGUGGGAGAGCAGCGAAACAUCUGGGCGAGGAGACGGAACCAGCUUCAGCCCGUGUGCGAUCGAGCAGGAUCGCCAACCAUCAUGUAGACUUUAACAACCUUGGUGAGCAAUGA